GGCCCCCAGCGCGCCGAAGUCGCAGUGGAGCUUGCCCUGACGCCAUCGCAUCUUUGCUUUUGUGUCUUGGAUUGCUUCGUUGCUCUGACUCUUUCGCCUCGACCGCAAUCCCGCAGCAGCACGCAACCCCCCCCCAAGCUUACCCCAUGAUUGAAUUAUAUACAGUCCUUUCCAAGCACACUUUAGCCAUCAAGACCGAGCUUCGCCCUUGCAAGAAACGUUAGCACGAGGAGCAGCUUCCACACUGCGGCGUGCGAUGCUCGCGUGCCCGACCCCAAGCUGACGAGCGAGCCCAUCUCGCGUCCAACAGACCCCGUCCCAUAUCUCACGAUGCCGAUCGUCACGGCGCAGCCAGAUCUCUCCUCCUCCGCCACUACCAGCCUCGAAUCGCCCGACUGCCCCGAGAACGCGCCCGAGCUCAUCCACAGCCUGAAGCACAACACCACCAUCCUCGCGCUCGCCGUCAGCCCCCAGCAUGACACCAUCUUCGCUGGCACCCAAGACGGCGAGAUUGUCGCCUGGUCCCUCUCGACCUUUCACCAAGUCAGCACCGUCCAAGCCCACAAGCGCAGCGUCCUAUCCCUCUCCCUUUCCCCCGACGGGUCCCUCCUCUUCUCCAGCGCUGGCGAUCCCAUCAUCAACGUCUGGUGCCCUCGAACGCUGCGGCGGCUAUACGAGAUCUACGGCACCCACGAUGUCGGCGACAUAUUCUGCACCGCUUACAGCCCCCAACACGAGACGCUAUAUAUUGGCGCCCAGAACACUACUAUACAAUGGGUCGCCUUGAACGAUGCUGCCACUCGGGUCUCCCCCAGCUCGCAGAGCCACCCGGAUCGAAGAAGCCAUAGGUUCUUUGAUUCCAAGGCCAUCGGCGGCACGAGCACACCGAGGCGUAAUGAAGACCGAUGGGGGCUAAUUCCGAAGGCGCAGGCCGUCUUGGAGAUUGAGGCGGGCUCGGUCCGUCCUUUUGCCCACUACGGCUACGUCUACUGCAUGCUCAUGGCCAAGGGCCCAACCGUCGAGGUCGAUGCUGACGACGACGUGCUGAUAUCUGGCGGUGGAGAUGGCACCAUCAAGCUGUGGCGCUUGAGCUCUUCCUCCAGCGAUCGGAGACAUGCCGAGGACGGCGACCACGGCGGUAUCGAGGAGCUCAUGACUCUCGGCACUGACGACGCUGAAUCAGUCCUCUCACUCGCCUUGGAUGGUUCAUUCUUGUAUGCCGGCAAGUUAGACGGCAUUGUCGAACUGUGGGACCUGGACACAACGCAGCGACUCCGUGUUAUCAAAGCUCACGGGGGCAACGUCAUGUCAUUGCAGAUGGGUUGGGGAUACUUGUGGACUGGCUCCACCGAUGGCUGGUCGAGCAAAUACAGCACGGCCCAUUAUGGUGCAUAUAAGCACGCCUCGGCUGGAGACGUCAGCCAAAAAUACCAAUGCCUGAGCACGUGGAAGGCUCAUCAGGGCAAGAUUCUGGCCUCAGCCAUCACAACAUACAACGACAACAAAUACUAUAUCACAGGUGCCAACGAUAACGAUAUUACCAUAUGGUCCGUCAAGGACAAGGCUUGCAUAAGGCCGGCGACCGCCGAGGAAAGCGACGACUUGCUUAUCUCCACCCUGUCAGACUUUGUAUCCUACAAGACUGUCUCUUCCCGACCAGAAUUUGCCGAGGACUGCCGCAAGGGGGCCACGUUCUUGGGCUCCCUUUUCAAGCGGCUUGGCGGACACGUGGAGCUGCUGAGCACUGAAAAGGCCCAUAAUCCCGUCGUGUAUGCCAAAUUUUCCGGCAAGAAGGAAGCAGCUGAAAGUCGAAAACGCAUCCUGUUCUACGGACACUACGACGUCGUCGCCGCCGAUGGAAAGAAAGGCAAAUGGGCGAGUGAUCCUUUCACUGUCAAGGGCACUAACGGAUUUCUCUACGGUCGCGGCGUCAGCGACAACAAGGGGCCAAUUGUUGCGGCUCUCUAUGCGGUCACAGAUCUCAUGCAGGCUCAGAAGUUGCAGAACGAUGUCAUCUUUCUCAUUGAGGGCGAGGAGGAGUUUGGCUCCCGGGGAUUCGAGGAGGCAGUCAAACGACACAAGAGCCUCAUCGGACACAUCGACUAUAUUCUCCUGGCCAACAGCUACUGGCUAGAUGAUGAGGUCCCGUGCUUGACCUAUGGGCUUCGUGGUGUGCUACACGCUACAAUCUGCGUCGACGCACCGCGUCCCGAUAUCCACUCUGGUGUGGACGGCUCGUACAUGAUGGACGAGCCAUUGUCUGACCUGACAGGCAUAUUAUCCAAACUCAAGGGUGCCGGUAACCGCAUCCAGAUACCCGGGUUCUACGAUGGCAUUCCAGCGAUGACGCCAGACGAGGAAGCUAGGUACGACGACAUUGCAUCCAUCAUGAGAGAGCACAAGGGAGAAGCCGUGUCCGAGGAGACGCUCAAGCGGUCGCUCAUGGCCCGCUGGCGAGAGCCCAACCUCACCAUUCACCGAUAUAAAGUAUCCGGGCCCGAUGGCAGCCUCGUCAGUAGCCAUGCCAGCUCACACAUCAGCUUACGACUCGUCCCUGGCCAGGAAGUAGACGAUGUUACGAGCGCGCUUAAGUGGUUCCUGCGCCGCGAAUUCUCACACCUCAAAUCGCAAAACAGCCUAAGCAUCAACAUCGACAACAAGGCCGAGCCCUGGCUGGGCGACCCUACCAACGCUAUUUUCCGCACGCUGGGUCAGGCCAUUGUCGAGGCCUGGCCGAACCGCUUCGACUCGCCAACGGCCUCAACGGCCGCGGCCCCAGUGUCUGGCACGGUCGGCAAGGCGGGAUCAUCCCGUCCAAAGGGUCCUCUGUACAUCCGUGAGGGUGGCUCGAUCCCGGCCAUUCGAUUUCUCGAGAAGGAAUUUGGAGCACCGGCGGCACAUCUGCCUUGCGGUAGAGCCAGCGAUGCUGCGCACUUGGACAACGAGCGUAUGUGCCUCGUCAAUCUGCUCAAGGCGAGGGAGAUUUUUGGUAAGGUGUUUGCGCGACUGUAAACUGUCGUGCCUGAUGGCAAGGGCUUGGACAGGCUCGGGUCAAGCCUAGUCAUAAGUUCGCAAACCUUUUCGACGUCGGUCAAGUAUGAAUUAUACCACGGGGAGGGGCGGGGGCAUUGGAUUGGGGCUCAGGCUUACCGGGCUGUCUUUUGUCCCAAACAUUACGUUAAAUCCUAUAGGAGUGAACUUUCGCUCCUUUCUGGGCCAGCGUUGCAUGGCCUUGUAUAUCAUAAUGAGCCAGAGGCGACAGCUCAUUGGGAGUUAGGGUUUCGUGGGUCCAGAAUCAGAUUGGGUCGGUUGGGAGGUCAGGGCAGACUAGGGACUAGGCAAUGCUGGGAAGAACAGACCUUUCGGCAAACAAUAUCCAUCCCUUGGCUUAACAGCUGGUGUCUCUCAGCUUCGCAAGGCAGGAUAAUACAUUACGCGACUGUAGGAGCUGCGACAGAGCUGGCAAUGUUAUGUAAUCAAAGCAAGCAAGGUAGGCUCAUAGCUUCUUGUUCAAUUUGACACUCGGAACGGUAUUCACUCAUGGAGAGCGGG